AARAAAUGAAAAAAUYCUYGAAGCAAAUGUAAACACCCUUCAUUGUUUUCAAUUCYCUUAAUGUAGGUUUUUUUCGUUGACAUUAAUUUUAUUGUUCGAUUGAUUGUACAUACGAUAUGAUUCGAUCUGACCGGUGCGUUUGCUCUUUCUUCCUGUGUACAUAUGGAACAAAAAMCGUUGGCAUGACAACGGUCGUAGUAUGAGAACAGCUGGAUUGCUUUUUGAACCACUUUUUGUUGCCUGUUAUAAGGGUAUCUUUAUCCGUUUGAAGACAAUUAUCUACCAAAAGGGCCUAAACAGUUAGCUUGCAUAUAUUAAUCAACCAGAAUAUCCAUCUUUUUGACAACGCARAGUUAAGAUAGGAAAUUCGUACAGAAAAGAGCGCAGGGGAAAAUCUGACAGUAAGUCCAAAUGUACAGUCGAGAAAGCGAUCGACGGAUUCGACAGCAAGAGAGCAGCCCAUUUCAACGCAGUUUAAGAAGCGAAGGAAAAGACAGAGUAGAAUCGAAAGCAGARCGCAGGCAAGGAAAAGCUCUCCGCGAUGAAAGUCCUUUAAAAACGCGAGAAAAAUCGAUCAAUCAAAGAGAUUUCCCGCUACAAUCAAGAGCCACUUCCACAAAGCAGGACGCGUUGUUCCAAGAGCAUGAGAUAAAGCUGCUUAUGGAGACUAUUCUUGAUAAGGAAUUGUCUACAAGAUCGUACGAGUCUAACGCUUGCAAGGAUCUGUGUUUAACCAUCUCUGAAGACAUCAAACAGAGAGUCAAAGAUCUGGGAAUGAAUCGAUAUCGAAUCAUCUGUCACGUCUCCAUCGGUUCGUGCAGCGGCCAGGGUUUACUGAUGGCCAGUCGAUUCGUUUGGAAUAAUGGAAAAGAUAAUUACGUUACUGCAACGUUUAGAAACGUAUCGUUGUUCGCUGUGGCAACUGUGUUUGGCGUAGUGAAGGAAUGAAUUGAAUGAAAAAGGGAAACUUUCCCAUAAAGUGGUCAUUUGUUGAUCAUGAUUGACACUGCUCUCGAACAUUAUUAUUUAUUUGACUUUCCUCUAUAACUCAAGAUGAUCCUUAUUCCUUAUACGGAUCUUCUAUUUCUUUUCCAUCUGUGUCCAUAGGCUUAAUUUUAAGAACUGAAAUACAUGUAUUUUCUCCAUAGAUAGAUCCAGUUUUUAUUGGCGGAUUAACCAGGAGAAUUAAUUAUUCUUGACAUUUGUAUGAGAAACUACUAUUGGCGUUUUACAUAGCAUAUCAUAUCUCACACCUAGUCAAUCCAAUUAUUGAAUAUUGUCCAAAAAGACAAUAGAUUACAAAUAAUCAAAUKUCACGUUAAUACUACGAAUAAAUAACAAAUUGUAAUAAGGAAAUUUUAAAACCUGACUCAAUAUGACACGUGUGCAGAAAACCGCAUGACCUGCGUAUGCUGAUGUAUAGAGGAUAUUACAUGGCCGGGCGGAGAUACGGAUUUUAUCUUCGAGUGUUGGAAAGAUCUCUUGCGAGUGAGCGUAAGUGUAGAUUUUCAACAAGAGAAGAUAAAAAAAUUCGUAUCUCCAAGCGGCCAAUGUAAU